AUGUUUCCAAUGUGCAGUGAUGGCGACUCUUCGGCGAAUGAGGCUCCCGUAUUUGCAUCUGUGCAUCGACCACGCCACAAUGUUGGCGCAAGUUCAGCCGCAAGACGUGAUGGCCAGCCAAAAGGACAUGGAGCCGCAACAACAACAGCUGGUGGUGGUCAUCAACAACGCCAAAGCUAUCAUCAGUAUCAGCAACAACGUAAAUUACAACAACAGCUGCAACAACAACACUACCAGCAGCAGCAACAGCAAUCAAUCGGCAAUGAGAAUUCGAGUGCCGCACAAAAAUUAGCCAAAACGAGUCGCAAUUGGAAUGAACAACAACAACAGCAGCAACAAAUACUGCGGCAACAGGCACAGGCACUGGCACAGUAUCAGCCACAGCAGCCGCACACGAAUACUGGCGACACUGCAGCGAAGCAAUCAAUUGCGGUGGGAAUGCCGCAAUCAUUGGUGGCUGGUGGCCAUGCUGCUGGACAUGGCAGGCCGGCAAUGCAACAAAUCAAUACGAAUGGUGGGCUGCAACGCGAUUUGUCGCCAGCUAAGACGAGUCCGCGUCAGGUGGGCCAAGAAGUAGAGCUCAAUUUCGCCAGCUCUUCGAGUCAGCAACAACGUAGUCAGCCGCAACAAAAUCAAUCUCAGCAGCGUACACAGCAAUCGCCACGCCACUUUCUCUCUGCUGCCAACAGUCAACAGCAGCAGCCAUUUGACUCCUCACACGAAGAUGUUGACAGAUUGUCGUCGUCGGCGGCAACUUUUGUGCCCAUACAUGGUGGGCCCAACCAGCAGCAUGUUGCACAAAAGCCAGUGCACUUUUUGAAGUUGCCGCCACCACCACCACCGCCGCCGCCUGCGCCAACAACCAACCAACCUGGUGUCAAGCAGGAAUCCAUACAUUCCACAGAGUUGGGAAGCUACUCAUCCUAUCAGCAACAUUUCCAAUUCUCCGAUGCCUAUGUAGAGCCAGUGGAUAGUCGGCAACAUUUUCUGCUGCAGAGCGAUGCAGCUGCGAAUCCACCACCACCGCCUGCGCCACUCAAUCACGUCUAUGAGACAAUUAAGGAGCGGCCACCGUUGCCGCCGCCUAAAAAUCUUAGAAAAUCUGGUGCAGAAGAUGUGGCGCCCCCAUUGCCACCCUCGAGACAGUUGAAAAAGCGUUUGCUCGCCGCAAAAGUGGGUGGUAAUAAGCGAGCAGCAGCAGCAACAGCAACAACGAAUAAUAGUCACGGCAAAGUGGAUGCUGGUCAGUUGGGUGGCAGGCUCAAUAGCAAGCUGCUGCCUAUGCAACCGCCAGCAUAUGUGGCGCCACCAGCUGCGGCUACAAAGCAAGUAAUCCAACAGCAGCAACAACAACAACAGCAGCAGCAUCAUCAAUAUAACCCUCAACAGCGCACCAAAUCUCAACAACAACAACAACAGCAGCAAUCCCGUUCAGAACACACAGAAGUGCGCGAGCAUCCUUUGGGCGCGCAUGCCGACCAGCACGGUGCACAACAACAGCAACAGCAACAACAAAAGACUCAGAAGUCUGCUGAAAUUAUGAUAGCCCAACCCGCAGUGGCAUUAACCACCACAAAGGCAACGGUACAUGCCACAGCAGCCACAGCAUCCCCACAGGUGUUGUCCUCUUCUACAACUUCCAAUUCCCAGCCCACCACUUGCGGCAUCUCCGCCAUUGAUGUGUCUGAUAGCUCUGUGGAAUUGUUGUUACAACAAGCCGGCUUACUGCAAUCGUCGCAUGCCAGCUCAUUAACGGCAAUGCACAGCAACAGUGGCAUUGGCAUUGGCGGCGGUGGCAUCAACAACGCAUCCAUCACCAACGACCCACUGCUUUGCCCAUCGUUUUCGAGGAGGACACCGGCGAAUNGCCAAACACAAUGGCGGCAAUGCCAACAACAACAACAAUUUGCCCACUACUAG